AUGGAUCCCUUCAGUCUCACAGUUGGCACCUUGGGCCUCAUCGGCGCCGUCAAAUCAUGUCUGAAACUGGCGGCGAAAUUCGUUGGGCCCUCUAAGUUUGGAUCUGCCGAACUCGCUGCCACGACCAGCACUCUUUACGAAGCUCUUGGAAUUUUAACCAGUUUCAAGACUUCUCUCGCUGCUGUGGAUGAAAGCAGUAAGCUCUUCAAACUGGCGGUCAUGGCGGAUCAACAAUCACUUAUUCUUGGGGUGUCGAAAUACCUCCAAGCAGUGGGACAGGAUGUUGAAGCGAUCAAAAUCGUCCAGCAGGAGACACGGAACGACAGUUCUUAUGCCCUGAUCAAGGCAUGGCUCGGUGCGCAGGUUGAUAACGACAUGAACAGCCAGCGCCACCAGGACCAUGGUCACUCACGAUACCCUGGAAGCUGCGAAUGGCUUUUAUCAAAUACAGAAUUUGUCGCUUGGGUAGAAGAUGCUCCAUCUUCAGACAAAAUGGCUGGUAUCUGGCUGAAAGGCUCUCCAGGAGCUGGAAAGUCAUAUGUUUGCUCCAAGGCAAUUGACCGUGUGGCGAAGUCCCAGGAUUUGUGCCUCUACUACUUUUACCGCUUCGAUUAUCAACUCUCGACACUCGACAAGCAUGGGAAAAUGGCUGACGAGAGCAGGCUGCGGAUGUCAUCACUUCUGAUCGACCAGCUGUUGCGUCAGCUCUUGCGAGAUGAUCCGUCCAUUGCUAAUCGUAUCUGGAAGUUCGUCGAAGUUGAGGAAAAGAACACUAAGACGCUCGCUCGAGUCGUCCAAAUGCUAUUAGAUAAGUCACCACCAGGAGAAGGUGCAGCAAAUACACAAAACAUGAACUCCACACCCCCACGCCGCAAGAUAUACUUGCUGUUGGACGGUCUAGACGAGACCCAGGGUCCCUUCACCGGACAGGAUGUUUUGAGUGUGGCAUUAAGUUUGUUUGAAGGUCUUGAAGCACAGGUAAGCGUGAGAUUGUGGGUCAGUUCGCAAGACAACAUAGAUCUCUCCAGACGCCUUCGAGAGUGCGCAGUGAUCAACCUCGACGACCAAGCGGAAUCCGACGUCCGCGACCAUCUUGCUCGAGAGGUCCCUAAAAUCAUGGAUCUCGGUUCUGAUUUCGCGGCUCUCGAAGUUUGUGGAAAGCCUUUGGUCCCAUGGGUCCUGACUACACUUCAAACGAGGGCUAAAGGCAACUUUCUCUAUGCAAAAUUGGCUAUAGAUCAAAUCAGUGGUACUAUUAGCCCCGAAGACAUGAUAUCUUUUCUGACCUCCGAGAUUCCCAUCGCCUUGUCAGAUAUGUACCAACGCAUCUUCUCUCGAUAUCAGAGACCCCAGCUUAAAUACGUCAGUCCACUUCAUCUCUCAGAGCUACAGGACGCCAUGACAUUGGCGCUUUCGGACCCCUCAAAGGAGCCUGACCCCUCGCGCCGGCCUAGUCGUCUUCAACUGCUGUGUCCACCUCUUAUUGAGACACAAGACGAUCCUAAUCAGCCGGACAAUCCUCUCUGCAGGCUUCGCCACUCAACAGUCCACAGCUUUCUCCACUCGAAUCCUCAUAUCCUCUGCGUAAAACAAGACGCGUGUGCUGAGGAAGGACUGCUGUCUAAAAUAGAUCCUCUGUUGUUGUACUGUGCCAAGUUUUGGACGAAGCACCUGGAGGGUGUAAAAGCCACGACCGACCAAAGGGAGACUGUGGCCUCAUUCGUGAACUCGAGCAAUUUCCAGACAGUCAUACAGGUUCAGAGCCUCAGCAUUACGGGCCAAUUUGAACAAAUACCUUUCGGAGUUGAAUCCGAGGACGAUGUUCAGAUUAUGAAGCGCGAAGGCUAUCACCACUUUCAGCGGCAGUCCUUUCCCUCGUGGCUUUUUCAAGACAACCAGGUAGAAAUCGAGCACUACGCUCCUUAUCGCGCACAGUACCGUCACUUUGUCAAUGAAUGGGGUUACUUGCUUGAGCGGGCAACGUCACCUUCUGACCCGGACUGCUUUCCAGGAGAAGUCGAACGAUGUCUUUCUGGCAUGAUAGGACCGUCGACUUUCCUAGCCCAAAUGAAGGAAAAGUACCCGAGUUUUAUGCUGAGCCAGGAACCAUUUGACUGCUUACAGCCAAAGUCUCGUGUUCUGGAAGAGAGGCUCUCUGCUACAGGCGACCGAUUUACGGUAGUCUCUGCAGUCCCACGCAUCACGUUUUUCGACAGACAAUUGAGAGGCCGUCCAGUACCUCGCGCGCCUGACUUCGACUCAUUCCCCUUACGCAUCCACAUCGAGACAUGGCAUCUCAGAGACACAGCUCUACCAAGGCUUUUGUCCACGACUGGUGCCGGUGCCGCAGAUUUGAUUGGGGCGUCUGGUCGAGCAGAUAAAUUUACCGUCACCCCUAAACAGGGAUACUUCUGGCUUGACGAUCCGCGAACUCCAACCCAAGAGAAGACAAGUCCUGUGCUCCUAUACGAGGGCCAACGCCACCACGAUCUAGAAGAUAUUAGCGUUGACUUUCGAACAAGAGACAGCAUCUUUGUAUCAGCAAAGAGGAGCAAGUAUAAGUCCAAGGCUCAUCGUCAUAAGCCCUGCCCAAUGCACACGGGUAACUCAAUGAAAGCAGUCGACAGUAUUGCAGACGGUAGCAGCUCGAAUUCUGACUCCUCAUCGUCUGAGGAUGAACAUAUUAAUUCGGCAGAAGAGACAUGCAGCGAAGGAUCCACGGACUUCGAUUCGGCUGAGGACAGUUCAGAGGACGAGUCUUCAUGGAGUGACGAUGAAUCCACUUCGAGUGGCGGUGACGCGUCCUCUGAUACUGCAGAUGAGGAUUCAAAUGGCUCUGAUGACAGUGGCAGUAGCUGUGAUGAAGAUGGUUAUCCAAAGAUCAACCCCAAAGCGACUCGUCAGCGACGCAAGAGGACGAUGACGAGCGAAAACGUUGACAGCAACCUUGCAUUUGCUGAGGAAGGCCUGCCAAUGCGGACACGCGCAGGACCCAUAUCACGUCUGUCGGAACGCACAGAUAUGAUCAAUGUCUCUAUCAGUGUAUACGACACACGUUCAGGUCACCCAGUUCGACUGUUUCACUUCCAGCAGGACUUGCCCGUCAUGCUCUACAGUUCACCACCAGCUAUCCAUCCUUCUAAGCCACUCGUAGCUUGGCCCCUUGGAGGCGGUGAUGUUCUCUUCGCCGACUACAUGGCCAACACCUACUUUAUCCGGGGAGCAGUGCCCAGCACACAGGACAGUCGACAUAUUACAAUGCAGAGUCAUUUUUCGACAUGUGGGAGAUACCUACACAUCGCCAGCAUCGAGGCGCGUAUCGUCGAGAAGGAUCAACACAGGUCAGAUCGUCACGGCCAGAACACUGGCAGCAACAGCCUCGCGAGCAAGCCUGGUCAGUCAGCCACCGUAUGGGCUACCGAUCCGGAGCUCCGCAGUCAGGAGCUAGUUCUCACAGCCUUCAUCACUACGCACCGGCUGUCCAGCUCCAAAACAACGCGCAGCCCUCCGCGCCUGAUCCACAAGGCCAUCGUAGGGCUUGGAAGAUACGCUGCACUGUCGCUCGACAACCUCCCUAUCACCUUCAACUGGGCACCGAAGCAAGUAUAUCUCAGCCUCAGCGGCCACCGCCUCAACGUGAUCCGCGUCCCCCUAUUUCGAUCGAGACGCUCAACAGAUGGACUCGCCGAUCCUGUGGCAUGUGCACCCCGGCUGCCGGUCAUGCUGCCGCUUUCAGCAACGGGCCGCCAAGUCCAUUACCUACCACCGCCCUCAUCCGAGAUUGACAACAGUUCCGGGGCCGACACGCGCGGCAUAGUCCUCUUGGGUAGCUACGGCGGAUACGGCAACAGGGUACAGCUGAUGCCGUCGGUAGAGGUCCCGCACAGAGACCACUGCGGUGUAGAUGCCGGCCAUACUAUGCCGUACCCGUGUCCGCCUGUUGGUUUCUAUGUGGACGAGGAGCGAGACUUUGGUGGCUGGGUGGCCUACGAGGCUGAAGUCACAGGUGCUCCAGCGCAAGGAGAGAAAUUUCGCGACGGACGCCUGGUCAUGCGCAAGAUGGAGAGUUUCAAUGCGCAGGACGAUAUUGACUUGGAAGCGUCAUCCCGCCGAUCCGUCACCGUCUCCGUCUCCAUGACCGUAUCCAUCACACUGCUCGCUGCCUGGCCCCGUGACGCCUUCAUCACUCGCCCACGUUCUGCUCCGUCGCAUCGCACCGCAUCGUGUCUCUGUUUGCCCAACCUGAAGUUGCUCAACCCCAUAGCCCGCGUCGCACGCCGCUUACUGCCGAGGCGCAACGGCGACCGCGAUCGCAACCGACCCGCCAACAUGGCGACAACGACGCCCACGUCCUCCUCGAACACCCCGGGCAUUUCCAGCCCACCCCUCUCUCCAGACUCAAAGCACAACCAAAAAAGCGACACCACAUCACCCUCCUCCCGCCCCCCACCCAAAAAACCAAGACGCUCCCUCCGCAUCCUCUGCUUCGGCGACUCCCUGACCUCAGGCUACUCGCAGAUGGGCAGCAUAACGCACCCCUACUCAGAGCGCCUGACCGAUGUCCUGUCGACUUCCUUCCCCUCCCUCAACAUCGACGCGCACACGGACGGCCUGCCCGGCGACGUGGUGUGCACGGCCGGGUCGCGCUACCUGCGGCGCAUCGAGCCCAAGUUCCUGACCAAGGGCGGCGGGACCCCCUACGACUGGACCGUCAUCCUGGGGGGCACCAACGACCUCGCGUUCCAGUUCACCGCCGAGGACAUCUACAAGGCGCUGCGGGACGUCUGGGACGUCGCGCUGAGCAAGGGGGGCAGGGUGCUGGCCUGCACGGUGCCCGAGGCGGGCGUGAGGGGGUCGAUCGGAGAAAGGGUCAAGGCGAGGCGGGACGAGCUGAAUACGCUGAUACUAGGGCAUCGGCAGGAGAAUUUCUUCACGUUCGAUCUCAACACCGCGAUCCCCUUCUGGUCCCUCGCUCCCGAGGAGCGCAAGACCUACUGGGAUGACCACAUCCACCUGACGCCCGCGGGCUACGACCUGAUGGGCGAGAAGAUCGCCGCGCGCCUCGUCGAGAUCAUCAUGCCCCCUGGGCGGCUGCAGCCGCAGCAGGCCAAUGGGGGCGGCUCGAGGCGGAAAAGGAUAUUCAAGGACGACGACAAGGUAUUUGAGGAGGAAGACGGCGACGAACACAGGCUGGAGCAUGGGUAUUAUGUUGUCAGAAGGAAGGAUCUGGAAUGA